CGAUGCAGUAGUUGCUAGGCAGCAGUAAUAAGAGUACGUUAGUAGCGUAAUUUUUUCAUUAGUUUAAUCGUUUGCUGUAUUUUAUCGUAUUAUUAUAUUUAUUUUUGGAAUCUCUGAAUUUCCAAUUUUCUGAAAAGUGGUUUUUCGGGUGACAGUGGUGACUCAGAAUUUGUAGUGGGGAAUGGAGAAUCUCUUAGAGGUUAUGUGCAGCCCACAAAAGUGACCCGGCUUUCAAUCAUUCCAUUACCUUACAGCCGGUUAAUUUUUUAGGAAUUAAUACGAGUGAAGAGUGUGUACAUUUUUUCAUUCAGAAGUGUAUAUAUUUUUUAAGUUUUUGGUUUGAGAGUGGCCCUGCUGAUACAAUUACUGACGGAUUGUCUAAACACUUUUGGAGCGAACAACCAACAAAGUCCAGGAAUGACGAGCGAUGAUUCAGAUUCAAAUGGACGUAGAGAUAUGUCAAAAGAAGAGUCAAGAAAAAGAAAGAGAAGAAUUGAGCGCAAGUGGCUGGAAGAACAGAAAUUCUAUAGAGAACAUGAGGCGAGGAAACAAAGAAUUAUCGAAAAGUAUGAUAGAAAAAAAAGACAAUUUGAAGAAGGAUUGCUAGCCCUUACACGUUCCUUAGUAGACGCAUUUGGAGUGCCUCAGUUAGAUGCACAAUCAUCAGAUUUCUCGAGUCAUCACCCAGUUUUAUCAGCAAUGAAUCAUGUGAGGGAUAAGUUGAGAUUUGAGAAAGGUAAUGACUGUAGCUUUAUUAUUUUAAUUUACUUCAUGCAAAUUGUAAUAAGAAGGUGAUCUCUUUGGAUAAAGCUGACAGAAAAAGAUAGCUGACGUACAGCUGGUUUAUUUUUUACAAUUCAUUGUUGACUUGAAUUAAUUAUUGAUAUUGCCACAUGGCAAUGUAAUUUUACCACUUGUUCGACACUACAACCGUCAACUGAAGAAUUAGUACAUCAGCAGCUGGAAGAAACAUCUGGGAAGAAGCCACAGGAUUACUUUCAACUUAAGUUCCUUUAAUAAUUUCAGAAUAUAGGUGCAAUAAUUUAAUUUUCAAUUCUUAGGGAUAAUCUUCUUUUGAAGAGCCAUCGUUGGAUGAAGAAUUUCAUCUGAUCAC